CGCUGUUCACGGCUCCGAGUGAGUCUGUUCUCAGCUGAAGUGCAGACCGGUGAAACACAGUGAGCGGAUAGUUGGCUGCUGAUCUUCUACUGAUGUGAGCUUACCAACAACUGUUGCCUGAUAGUCGUUAACGCCUCGAUGGAGCUCAUCCAGUUUGCUUUGCUGCCUCAGGAAGUCCCUACAGCUACCUGGAGCAACACCUCUGCCCCCUCCUACUCUCAUUUCCUGCUCCUUUCUACUCCCUCCGAACCGCUUCACAGCUUCAACCAAGAUGACACUCCUUAACAGGUCCUGUCAAAAUUGCACCAAAAGUAAACCAGGAUCCCUCCCUGGCUUGGCUGGAAUCUUCAUCCCACUCAUUUAUGGCAUCGUUUGUGUCGUUGGCUUGGUGGGAAACACUCUGGUCAUCCAUGUUGUUGUCAACUACACAAAACACGAGUCAGUCACAAACAUCUACAUCCUCAAUCUAGCCAUUGCAGAUGAGCUUUUCAUGCUGGGCCUACCCUUCUUGGCGGUACAGAACGCUUUGCUCUCGUGGCCUUUCGGCUCUCUGAUGUGCCGAGUGGUUAUGACAGUGGAUGCCAUCAACCAGUUUACCAGCAUCUUUUGUCUAACUGUGAUGUCAGUGGACCGAUACCUGGCUGUGGUGCAUCCCAUCCGCUCUUCUUGGUGGCGGCGCCCCCACGUGGCUAAGGCUAUCAGUGGCACCGUUUGGGCGGGGUCCUUUGUGGUGGUGCUGCCGGUAGUGGUGUUCGCGGAUGUGCUGAAGGAUGAUGGGAACUGCAGCAUCGUGUGGCCUGAACCAGCAGAAGUGUGGAAGACAUCGUUUAUUGUCUACACGUGCACUGUUGGAUUCUUCUGCCCCCUGCUGGUCAUCUGUUUGUGCUACCUGCUGAUCGUCAUCAAGGUAAGAAGUGUUGGAAAACGGGCACAGGCCACAUCCUCCAGACGCAAGAAGUCAGAGCGUAAAAUCACCCGGAUGGUAGUUGUUGUUGUGGCGGUGUUCAUCUUCUGCUGGCUGCCGUUCUAUGUUCUCAACAUUCUCAACCUCCUUGUGGUCCUGCCUGGAGACUUCAGGGGCCUCUACUUCUUUGUUGUUGUUCUUUCAUAUGCCAACAGCUGCGCCAACCCCAUACUCUACGGAUUUCUGUCUGACAACUUCAAGAGGGGCUUCAGGAAGGCGCUGUGCCGCACGUCGCGCAGAGUGAACAGCAACGACAGAACCGGCAUCGAGGCCCAGAGGCCCACGGAGGAGUGGGGCGGCAUUGUUCUCCGACAGCAAAUAAGUGAGGGAAUCACUCACGUGCAUGGGAAAGAAAGUAGUAGAAAUGAAGAAGAGGAGGAAAUAGGUGGGAUAGAAGGUGCUAUACAGAUGAGAGAAAUCUGUAAGACAUCACAGAAUGGGAAUCAGAACGGAGUGAAAGAGGACUCAAGGACACAGGUCACACAGAGGGGUACACGUGACCAGGGUGCAAGCUUUAAUCCUGCUGAGGGAGUGUCCUCUUUGGCCAGUAAGAGAAGUAGGUCACCUGAAGAAUUCCUGGACCAAAACUCUGUGCUUGAUAUCAGCUACCUGUAACAGAAAUUUGCCCAUUUUCAGUGGAUUUGGGUACCUGCUGUAUUACAGCGUCUUUGAAGUUGGUUUUAAUGCCAGUUUAUGGUAACAGUCUGGCA